UCUGCGUCGCCCUGCCAAGGGGCAGUCGCUUCCUCCUGGGCAAAUAGUCCUCGGCGGGGUCCGAGUUCUUGGGUAAAUCUGCAGGCGGAGGCGCUAAAAGUUGCAGUCUGAGAGAGGCACGGGAUCGGCCCGAAGAGCGCGCUCGUGACGGAAGUGUCUACGGUGGUGUGUGAAGUUAAACACUCCCUUCCUCCCGAGGAUCCCUCCGCCUGCGGUAGCGGUGGUGAGGCCGAGGGAGCCGCCAUUUUGGAUGUUCGGUUCCUGCUGCCACUGCUGCCGCCGCCCCCGAAGCUGCUGGUUUCAGUCGAGGUUUCGGGCCGAGGAUGCCAGCCCCCAUCAGAUUACGGGAGCUGAUCCGGACCAUCCGGACAGCCCGAACCCAAGCUGAAGAACGAGAAAUGAUCCAGAAAGAAUGUGCUGCAAUUCGUUCAUCAUUUAGAGAAGAAGACAAUACAUACCGGUGUCGGAAUGUGGCAAAACUACUGUAUAUGCACAUGCUGGGCUAUCCUGCUCACUUUGGACAGUUGGAGUGCCUCAAACUUAUUGCCUCUCAAAAAUUUACAGACAAACGCAUUGGCUACUUAGGAGCAAUGCUGCUGUUAGAUGAAAGACAAGAUGUCCAUCUUCUCAUGACCAACUGUAUCAAAAAUGAUCUUAAUCACAGCACGCAGUUUGUGCAGGGGCUAGCACUUUGUACCCUCGGCUGCAUGGGCUCCUCAGAGAUGUGCAGAGAUCUUGCAGGAGAGGUAGAGAAGCUCUUGAAAACUUCCAACUCUUACUUAAGAAAAAAGGCAGCACUGUGUGCUGUUCAUGUCAUCAGGAAGGUUCCUGAACUUAUGGAGAUGUUUUUGCCAGCAACAAAAAAUUUAUUGAAUGAGAAGAACCAUGGUGUCCUUCAUACAUCUGUAGUCCUCCUCACAGAAAUGUGUGAGCGAAGCCCAGAUAUGCUUGCACAUUUUAGAAAGAAUGAAAAGCUUGUGCCCCAGUUAGUUCGUAUUCUAAAGAACCUCAUUAUGUCCGGAUAUUCUCCAGAACAUGAUGUUUCUGGUAUCAGUGACCCUUUUUUGCAGGUACGAAUCUUACGGUUAUUAAGAAUUUUAGGAAGAAAUGACGAUGACUCAAGUGAAGCUAUGAAUGAUAUAUUAGCACAGGUUGCCACUAAUACAGAGACUAGUAAAAACGUAGGAAACGCUAUUCUUUAUGAAACAGUUUUGACUAUCAUGGAUAUUAAAUCAGAGAGUGGACUACGAGGAGAGCAAAAGUAUGCACCUUCUAAACGGUGGCAUAUAGACACAAUUAUGCGUGUUCUGACAACGGCAGGAAGUUAUGUUCGUGAUGAUGCAGUCCCCAACUUAAUUCAGUUAAUAACUAAUAGUGUGGAAAUGCAUGCUUAUACAGUCCAGCGCUUGUAUAAAGCAAUUCUUGGUGAUUAUUCUCAACAACCUUUGGUACAAGUAGCUGCAUGGUGUAUAGGUGAAUAUGGUGAUCUUCUUGUGUCUGGCCAAUGUGAAGAAGAAGAGCCUAUUCAGGUAACGGAGGAUGAAGUCUUGGAUAUUUUAGAAAGUGUUCUAAUCUCUAACAUGUCCACCUCUGUGACACGAGGUUAUGCCCUCACUGCCAUUAUGAAGCUUUCUACUCGAUUCACCUGCACUGUAAACCGAAUUAAGAAAGUGGUUUCCAUUUAUGGAAGCAGCAUUGAUGUGGAACUCCAACAGAGGGCAGUAGAAUAUAAUGCACUUUUUAAGAAAUAUGACCACAUGAGGUCUGCCCUACUGGAGAGGAUGCCUGUUAUGGAAAAAGUGACCACAAAUGGCCCAACUGAGAUUGUGCAGACAAAUGGGGAGACAGAACCAGCUCCACUAGAGACUAAACCACCACCCUCUGGGCCACAGCCCACCAGCCAGGCCAAUGAUUUAUUGGAUUUGUUGGGAGGAAAUGACAUAACACCUGUUAUUCCAACUGCACCUACAAGCAAACCAGCUUCUGCUGGUGGAGAACUUCUUGAUUUACUGGGAGAUAUCACCCUUACAGUUUUCAAAGUCUAUGGCCAUUCAUGUGUAAAUACAACUGAAAAAGUGUCUUUACAAACAUUCCAGCUGCAGCUUCUAUCUCCCAGCAGCAGCAUUGUCCCAGCAUUUAAUACAGGAACCAUCACACAAGUUAUUAAAGUUCUGAACCCACAGAAGCAACAGCUGCGAAUGAGGAUCAAGCUCACAUAUAAUCACAAGGGCUCAGCAAUGCAAGAUCUAGCAGAGGUGAACAACUUUCCCCCUCAGUCCUGGCAAUGAGGGUCCAGCACCAUUCUCAUUCUUAUCCCACUCAAUCAAAGGAACUCUGGGAAGGAGGUUGUGAUUGCUGGCAAGUUCCCCCCCCCUCCCCCCCAACUGUACCACGGGCAUGAGGAGCAGAAGAGAACUGUUGAGGAGGAUUUUCCUGAAGUUACUGCUGACCUUGAAGCAUUGUUAAAGACUAACAUCCUCUCCUCUGCUGUUGAGGCUGGCUGCUUCUGGAGGCUACUUUGCACUCUUCCUCCUCUUCCCCCUUUUCCGUACUUCACCCCUCCUACAUUUGCAGCCAGAAUCAACAUUCCCUGGGCUCCUGAGGCAAUAAGCAGCUGGUCUGGAGGAAAGGAUUGGAAUUCAUGGCGAGAAAACACUCACCCUGUCUCUGCAGCCAAGAGUGGUCCCUUCUUUUUACUGUUGUUUCUCUGCGGACUGGGCAAGGUGGGGAAUUUAUUCCUCACUAGCUGGGUUACCAUCUUCAGGCGCUUUUCACAUCUGGCAUAUGGAAUGGAAAUGUAACAAUGAACAUUAGGGAGCCCUGCCUUUUUCUAUUGGUUCCCCCAAGGUUUGAAAGAGGCAUUAGGCUCCUGGUAGCCUUUUCUGUGCAUUGCUGUAAACACACAGACACACACAUGUAUGUAUGUUUGUUAUCCAGAACUGGUCAGACCUUGAGAGGUUAUUUAUAAACACUGGACAGAUGCAGUUAAAAAGAGCUUUUGUUGAGAUUUGGCAUGAAGGAUAUGGUGCUCUAUUUGUAAUAGAAACUUCCAAGGCUCUUCCAGCUUCCCUUUCUCUCCAUUCUCUAGCUGUAGUCCUAAGCAUUCUCCAUGAUUUUCAAAAUUGACUCCCUUUCAAGUGCAAAUGGACAUGUUCUGAAAGAUACAUUAAUAGUUAUUAAUGACCCUAUUUCAACCAGAAAUUUUAAAGUUUCCCCCAAACCUGUCACUUGCUUGUUUGAACUGUGGUGAAUGGGUAGAAAGAGGAGUUUAACCAGUUUUAAAGAGCAGACUCGUUAACAAAAUACUUGUGCUCAGGAAGAGCAGUAUCAGACUCAUCCUGGAGCAUAUUGGAGUCAUCCAUUACUCCAGUCCUCCCUUUUUAUUUCCUGAGCCUGGCUUGGACCUUGGCAUUCCGUUUGAAUUCCUUCUUCUAACUGGAACAUUUGUGUUGUAUCUGUAACACUGGCACUGAAAUAAAGACCACGCGGUUAAAGAACUCUUCCUAUAUUGUACUUUAUGGUGUUGGAGUGAAGCCUUGUAGCUUCCUUGUCCCUUGCCUAAGGAAGUCUUAUGGUCACCAUAGGGUAGGAAUGCCCCUUCCCUGAGGCUGAAUAAUUGGUCUCUUGAAAGAGGCCAAUCUCAUGAAUAAUACCUGCAUUAAAGACUUGAGCUUCUUAAACUAGUAAGAAUGCUGAGCGAUUUUUAGAAAGGAUUCCUAUGUUACAAAAGCUUAAGACUUGCUGGAAUGAAGUAAAAGGUGACUUGCUGUGGUACAUAUUGAGUGUACUAUAUACCUUCAGGUAUGCAAGCAUCAUGUCUUAAAUACUACAGAAACAAGUGGGGUCUACCUUUUAAAAUGCUUGCAACUGUUACUGUACUGUACAGUAUGACUACUUUGGCUUCAGUUUUAAACAUAAAUACAGAUAUCUUUUUCUCCCCCUCUCCCCCCAAUUCCACCAAGCCUUUACUUAAAAAUCUUCAGUGUCUUGUCAGCCUAGCACUGUAUCAGAUGCUAGACUAGUCUAACAUUUGACAAACUGAAGUUGAACUAAAGGCUCUAAAAGGGAAACUUUCUGGGCUUAUCAGUGUAUAAGAGUAAAGCUACUGAAACUUACUCUAUUGGGUAACUGGUUGGCUGAGUCCAAAACAGGACAAUGUCUCCUGUUUUCAGUAAAGUAAGUGUUGGACUAGUGCAUAUUUCACACAACUGCUCUGCCUGUGUAAUGAAAAGUAGCCUUUAAAGGUUCCACGUAAAUUGAUUUCAUUGGAUGGAUAUUUAAUGCUGUGAAACAUGAUAGGAUUAACAUAAUAUUGGUGGAUUUCUUGAAUAGAAUUUGUCUUAACAUUCCUCUUUGUGUAGAGGCUUUAUUUUCUUCCUUGUGUUUGUGGCUAACCAACCAGCUCAGGUGUGGUUUUUUUUAUUUUGUCUGUUCGUUUGUGUUUUUGUUUUGUUUCUUCUUGUUGUUGAAGUGGGUUGACUCUCUUGAGAAAUCUGCGCCAAGACUGUGGUAUAAGACAGUGCCAGAUCAGAGUUUUGAGGGAGUGUUUAUGAUCACCUAGGGCUUUGUCUAGAAGGAAUAAAAUAUCAUGGCCUUAACACAAAGGGUGCUGUGUAGGAUUGAAAUGAUUUCAGAGACUGAGCCUGGUACAAUACAUACUGAAGGACUAGGAGCCAAAUAACUGCCUAGGAUACUGAUGGUUGUGAAGACUUUCAAAUGAUUGGAUCUUGGAAAGCUUCAGUGUGCCUUAGUUUCUAGGAUCAGCAUUAGUUCUCUUUCUUGGCCUUGCAGCUAAAAGGAGAAAUCUCUUAAUUUCUGUGAACACUUGCACAUUUCAGUAAUUCCUUUCCCAAAUAUAGUCAUUCAAGGGGGAGCAAAUUCAGACUGAUUUUUACAACUUCAGAGCCAUUGUAAAGGAGGAACGCCUGGUUUCUGUGACCAUGGGAAAACCCCAGGGUGAUAAGCAGUGAGCCCUCACUUAGACAAUUUCACAUGUACUUGUACCUCAGCAUUUCCCUUUUGGAGAAUAGUUUGUAUCCUGUUAUUUUCUCCACCCUCAAGUAAUCCUAGGGAGAAUUCAUCUAAGUAAUCUCAAAAAAAAAACCAAAACAAAACUGUAAGAAGGGUGCUUUCCCUGAGAAGCUCCUCCCACAUUGCUUUGGUGCUGUUACUUUGAAGUGGUUUGGGUAAUGGUGGAAGUUUUUUGGUGUUUUGUUUUGUUUUUUGGUGGUUCUGGGGCUUGAACUCUGGGCCUGGGCACUGU